AUGGAAACAAAAGUAGAAGCAGGGAAGCUAGAGUGGAGGAUAAGUGUUGACAAUGAGACAACAGAGAGACUAGUUCCUAAAUUAGGACCUAGUAAGAUAUUUUUUCUCUGGCUAAAGGGUUUGGUAAUGAAGGUGGUCAUGGAGCCAAUCACUAAGUUUAUGAUGAAGGCUUGGAGGAUUGGAGCAGAUGAUCCGGCCAAAGUGGUUCACUGUCUGAAAGUAGGACUUGCACUUUCACUAGUCUCAAUCUUCUAUUACAUGAGACCUUUGUAUGAUGGAGUUGGAGGAAAUGCUAUGUGGGCUAUCAUGACUGUUGUAGUCGUCUUCGAGUCCAAUGUUGGAGCAACACUCUCCAAAUGUGUGAACAGAGUGGUGGCAACUAUAGUAGGUGGAUCACUAGGCAUUGGUGUUCAUUGGGUUGCAACUCAAUCAGGAAAAGCUGAGAUUUUUGUGAUUGGAUGCUCUGUUUUUCUCUUUGCUUUCGCAGCUACUUACUCGCGGUUUGUGCCGUCAUUCAAAGCAAGAUUCGACUAUGGAGCAAUGAUCUUUAUCCUCACAUUUAGCCUUGUCUCAGUAGGCGGUUAUAGAGUAGAUAAGCUGAUUGAUAUGGCUCAGCAAAGAGUGUCAACUAUUGCUAUUGGAACAUCUAUCUGCAUUAUCAUUACUGUCUUCUUAUGUCCCAUAUGGGCAGGAUCUCAGCUUCAUCGUCUUGUUCAGCUUAAUUUUGUAAAACUUGCUGAUUCCUUAGACGGCUGUGUGGCAGAGUACUUCAAGAAGAGAGACGUCUCGACGAAUGAGAAUAAAGAUGAAGAAACUAACAUGACUCUGCAAGGAUUCAAAUGUGUACUAAACUCUAAGGGAACAGAGGAAGCCAUGGCCAAUCUAGCCAGAUGGGAACCUGCACAUGGAAGCUUUAGCUUCCGACAUCCAUGGCAACAAUAUGUAAAAGUAGGAGCUGCUAUGAGGAGAUGUGCUUAUUGCCUUGAGAAUCUUAGUAUCUACAUGAGCUAUGAAGCAGAGGCACCAGAUCAGGUCAAGCAGCAUUUCAGAGAAGCUUGUAUGAAACUCAGCGCAGCUUCUUCAAAAAUCUUGAGAGAAUUAGCGGAUAUGAUGAAGAACUCAAGAAAAUCUUCAAAGAUGGAUUUCCUGGUGUUUGAUAUGAACUCAGCAGUACAAGAGCUUCAAGAGACUUUAAGAACUAUUCCAAUCCAAACCAACAAACCUGAAGUAGAAGAAGUUCCAUCUGAUGAGGACAACAAUGGAGACAGUGAAGACAGAACCAUACCGAUGAGCCUACAUGAACUCCUUCCAGUUGCCACUUUGGUCGCUUUGUUAAUCGAAAACGCAGCUAGGAUUCAAACAACUGUUGAAGCUGUGGAUGAACUUGCAAAUCUUGCAGAUUUCAAACAAGAUUCAAAAAAGAAAACCGGAGACAACAACACUAAACAACCCAACCACCACUAA